AAGAGAAAAGAGGAAAAGAAAAACAAUGAAAUUUUAGGGUUUUCGCGUGCAAUCAUCAGGUGCAAGUACCACAUCCUCAAAAGGUGGUAUUAAUCUUAUUUCAAACAAAUGUAGAUGGGACUCUCGCAAAGUGCAAUCGGUAAAGUGAGAUAAUAUAAGGGCUAAUUAUGUAUUAUCCCAAUAAAAUACGUAGAAAACAAAGGCGAUACUUCGACCCAUAUGCUUAUCCUUCACCAUCACAAGAUUUCAAGAAAUGCUCUGCUUAUCCAGUUGUCCUAUUUUGCGCCAUUUUCCGGUUGAUUUUUAGCAGUCUGAAUCUCACACUCCAAAACUCCUCCUUUAACAUUCCCCGUCCGUAUCUUCCGAGUUUUGCAUAAAUUUAUACUCCAACUGUUGAUUUAUUCUUCACUUUUCUCAGUGUUUUGCCGAAUUGGAUUGUUUUUUUUCUUCAUGGUAGCUGUUACUGCUCAGUACCCAUUUGGUAUCUGCCCUCAUUUCCAUGGAAAUUCAAGGCUAAUCUCCCCUGAAACGGAGUUCUAUUCUGUGAAUUUUCCUCCCAGAAUUGGAUAUUCAAGAUUGAGUCUUCACUCAAAGGAUCAUGUUGCUGAAGUAUAUUCUUUACCAUUUGACAGUGAUUUCUCCGGUGAAAAUGAGACAACAGCGAUUCUUGAUGCAAUUGAAAGUCCCAUGAACCUUAAGAAUUUAUCAACCCAGGAACUGAAACAACUGGCUAAUGAAGUUCGAUCAGAAUUAUCCUUUAUCAUUGCAAAAGCUCAAAAACCUUCCAGAUCCAGUCUCGCUGUGGUAGAGCUGACUGUUGCUAUUCACCAUGUAUUUCAUGCUCCUGUGGACAAAAUAUUGUGGGAUGUAGCUGAACAAACAUAUGCACAUAAACUUCUCACUGGAAGGAGGCAAAUGAUGCAAACACUUGGAGAACCAAAUGGUCAUCCUGUGACACCACCAGAUUUUGAGAGCGAAUUUGACCCUUUCGCAGCAGGGCAUGGAUGCAACAGCAUAUCUGCUGGACUUGGAAUGGCUGUUGCCCGUGAUUUUAAGGGGAAGCGUGAUCGUAUAGUGGCAGUGAUCAACAAUGAAACAACUAUGGCUGGCCAAGUUUAUGAGGCAAUGAGCAAUGCGGGAUAUUUGGACUCAAAUAUGAUUGUGAUAUUAAAUGAUAGUCAGCAUUCGUUACACCCAAAGCUUGAGGAGGCCUCUAAGACACCUAUUAAUGCUUUGUCAAGUACUCUCAGCAAACUUCAGUCAAGUAAAUUUUUCCGGAGGUUUAGGGAACUUGCUAAGGGAUUAACUAAGAAAUUUGGGAAAGGCAUGCAUGAAUGGGCAGCCAAGAUUGAUGAGUAUGCACGUGGUAUGAUUGGCCCGCCAGGAUCAACCCUCUUUGAAGAGCUUGGCCUUUACUAUAUUGGUCCUGUUGAUGGACACAACAUUGAAGACCUAGUAUGUGUUCUGAAUGAAGUGGCAUCUUUGGAUUCAAUGGGUCCUGUUUUAGUUCAUGUUAUAACCAAGGAAGAGCUAAAAGUAGGAGACAAUCAAAUGAAUGCCGGCGAAAAUAAAAUAAUGGAAGGUGCAUCUAGCUCAGAUACCAUACGUUGUGGCACUCGUACAUAUAGUGAUUGCUUUGUAGAGGCCUUGAUAUCAGAGGCAGAGAGACACAAAGAUAUUGUAGCUGUUCAUGCAGGCAUGGGAAUGGAGCCUUCUCNCAUUCUCUCUCACUCUCUCUCUUUUUUGACGUGCUUUGAUAGCUUCCAACUUCAAUUUUAUACCGGUUCAGUCAUCCAUGAUGUAGAUCGCCAGAAGGUUCCUGUGCGUUUUAUUAUUACAAGUGCUGGAUUAGUAGGAUCUGAUGGUCCUACACAAUGUGGGGCAUUUGAUAUAGCAUUUAUGUCCUGUUUGCCAAACAUGAUUGUGAUGGCUCCCUCUGAUGAAGUUGAGCUUUCUCAUAUGGUUGCAACUGCCGCCCUUAUUGAUGACAGGCCAGUUUGCUUCCGCUACCCUCGCGGUGCCCUUUCAGUAAUGGACCAUUCCUCUGGUAGUGGAAUUCCCAUUGAGGUUGGCAAAGGGAGAAUACUUACAGAGGGUAAAGAUAUUGCUUUACUUGGCUAUGGUUCCAUGGUACAAAAUUGUCUUAGAGCUCAAUCUCUUCUUUCGAAGCUUGGUGUUGAAGUGACUGUCGCUGAUGCAAGAUUCUGUAAGCCCCUUGACAUAAAGCUUCUCAGACACUUAUGCAAGAACCAUUCCUUUCUAGUUACGGUGGAGGAAGGCUCUAUAGGAGGAUUUGCUUCACAUGUAGCACAGUUCAUCUCACUUGAUGGGCAGCUUGAUGCAGGAAUUAAGUGGCGGCCAAUCACUUUGCCGGACAACUACAUUGAGCAAGCAUCACCAACAGAGCAGCUUGCUGUUGCAGGGUUGAGCGGAAAUCACAUAGCUGCAACUGCAUUGAGUCUGCUUGGCCGUAAUCGUGAAGCUCUUCUCUUGAUGUGUUAAAUUGUAUUCCUUUGUUGUUGUAAAGUGUAAAUAUCUAAGGCGCUCUCAUACCAUCUUAUGAAGUUUAGAAGGAAAAAUACAGAAUGUAGAAGGGGAAAAAGAAAAAUAUAAACAGAACAUGAAAAAGUUUUGUGACAAGAAAAAAACAGUCUCUAUUUCUGAAAA